CGCGAUUUAACUACUUUCCCACGCCUGUUUUGGCGUGUGCUUUCUGUUGGUCACCCCAUCGCCACCCUUCUCUUUUCCCCCUCCCACUUCUCUCACCCUUUCCCCCCAUCACAUCUCCCUCCGUCAAUCUCGUCUCUGCUAGGACGGUUUUUCUGAAGCGGAUUGGCUUUGGCGAGAGCUUGGGGGUGGGAUCUCGCGAUUGUUGGAUUUUUUUUUCCGAUGGGGAGGGUGGAGGGGAGAUUCGAAGAUGGCGCCCGUCGUGACGGGGAAGUUUAGUGAGCAACAUCUGCCUCGACGGUUAACGAGGGAGGCUAUGAGGGCGUACUUGAAAGAGAAGGAGGAUCAGACGGUCCUCGUACUGCAUGCAAAAGUGGCACAAAAGUCAUACGGGAACGAGAAAAGGUUUUUCUGCCCGCCACCAUGCGUGUAUCUGAUGGGGACGGGUUGGCAGAAGAAGGUGAAGGAGUUGGUGAAGGAAGGUUGCUCUGAACCAGAGGCCCAGCCUUAUGUUUUCAUUGGGAUAGGCAGCAGUGAACAAGACAUGCAGCAACUCUUUCUGGAAGGAAAGAACUUCUGCACGGCUAAAACCCUGUAUAUCAGUGACUCGGACAAAAGAAAGCACUUCAUGCUGUCUGUGAAGAUGUUACAUGGAAACAGCUCGGAUGUCGGCGUUUUCCCCAGCAAGAGGAUCAAAGUCAUCUCCAAACCUUCCAAGAAGAAACAGUCCCUGAAAAACGCAGACUUGUGCAUAGCUUCUGGGACUAAAGUGGCCUUGUUCAACCGCCUGCGUUCCCAAACAGUCAGUACCAGGUACCUUCAUGUUGAGGGAGGGAACUUUCAUGCCAGCUCCCAACAAUGGGGCGCCUUCUACAUCCACCUGUUGGACGAUGAUGAAUCUGAAGGAGAGGAAUUCACCGUAAAAGAUGGCUACAUUCACUAUGGCCAGACAGUGAAAUUGGUCUGCUCUGUUACUGGCCUGGCCCUGCCUAGACUGAUCAUUCGUAAAGUUGACAAGCAAGCAGCGCAGUUGGAUGCAGAUGAUCCCGUAUCUCAGCUUCACAAGUGUGCCUUCUACCUGAAAGAUACAGAGAAAAUGUAUCUCUGUCUUUCACAGGAAAGAAUUAUCCAGUAUCAGGGUACGCCAUGCCCCAAAGACUCUCGCAAGGAAAACGUUAACGACGGCGCAGCAUGGACCAUCAUUAGCACUGACAAAGCAGAGUACACAUUUUGUGAAGGCAUGGGUCCAGUGCCCACACCGGUCAGCCCCGUCCCUGUGGUGGAAAGUCUGCAGUUGAAUGGCGGAGGAGAUGUGGCCAUGUUGGAAGUGACGGGACAGAACUUCACCCCUAACCUCAGAGUUUGGUUUGGCGAUGUGGAGGCAGAAACCAUGUACAGGUGUGGAGAGAGCAUCCUCUGUGUAGUUCCAGACAUCUCUUCCUUCAGGGAGGGUUGGCGCUGGGUGCUGCAGCCCGUUCAGGUUCCCGUCACGCUGGUCCGCAACGACGGAAUCAUCUACCCCACAGGCCUGACUUUCACCUACACUCCCGAGCCGGGACCUCGGCCUCACUGCAGUGCCACUGGGAUCAUCCUCCGGUCCAACAGCAACGCUUCCUCAUCACCAGCAUCUUCCUCUUCACCUUCAUCUUCAGUUGGCGGCCAUGGCGAUGGCCACGCUGCCAGCAACAGUGACUCAGGCGUGUCAGUACUGACGUAGUCGGCUGUGGUUCAUGGUUCGUGGUCUUGCGCUGUCAGGAAAGGACAUGCACAGUUUUUGUCUAAAAAGUUCAGCGGAUCUGCAAGCCUGCGCUGAAGUCCCGAAGCUUUGUAUUUUCAGAGCAACAGUGAAAACAUAAGGAAUGCUUCUGAGCUGGGAAAGGAUGAGUUGAAAGAAAAAUAAACAAACUUUUUACUGACUUUGUGCUUCAGCACCCUCUGGUGGAAAGUUGUGGACAUGAGCCCCACUCAGAUAUCCCAGAUCCUCACCUAUAAGAAGGGGGAUGUGCCUUCUAAUGCUAACACCUGGAUUUGAUAAAAAUGUUGUUUUUAUACUUACGUGGGUGUGAAAGGUGUCUUCCUUCUGCUUUUUACCAUUAAAAUCUUAUUUUUACUGAACAACCUUAACUAUUCUGAGAAAAGGACAAUUUGUAAAGGUAACAUUGUUUUUAAUGCACCAUAAAAACAUAAUGUUAUUCAGAUUAUAUUUUCUAAGCUUUUUCGGUACAUUUGACCAUUUUUGUAUGAUACUGCAAACUUACUUUAUUUUGUUAUCAUAUAGGUUGCUAUUUGUGAUCCUUAUUUCUGUCUCGUCUCAAGUUGGUUGUAUUUCUUUAACUGUCAUACUACAAUUUCAUUCUCUUCACAGCACUGUUUAUCGCAUGUUAGCUGUUAAUAACAAACGUUUUAACAAUUUUAUCUGCUGGUCAAUAAUGGGUCAGUGUACACGAAGUAAACCUGAUUUGGAAACAUGUC